ACCUAGGAGCACAGACGCGCGCGACCGCUCGCGUGGCUUGCCAGUGUAGAUUUAAACGAGGCCGCGAUAUCGCCUGAAAGAAAGAGCCCAAGGAUUCGACAAGUCGUACAGUCUACUUGGUGGUCGUCGCGGAUUCUUCAUCGCGUACGCUGGAUAGGUGUCUCGCAUCUCAAUGGCUAUCAGAAGGAAGUCCUACACCGCGCUUUUUAAGCUUAACGUGGUGCAAUAUGCCUUGGAACAUGGAACAUCGGCUGCCGCUGUUCGCUACGAAGUCUCUGAUGGUCUGGUUAGAAGAUGGAAGGCCGAUAAAGAAAAUCUGGAGGAUAUGCCACUGAGGAGACGCGCCAACCGUCAUGGGAAGCCAAAGGUGGAGGAAAUAGAGGAAGCUCUCUAUGCAUGGAUUGUGCAGACGCGAGAAGGAAGCCGAGCAGUGCUUGUCAAAGACAUUCGCGAGAAGGCAUUGCAGCUAGCGCGGGAAUCUGGCCACCAGGACUUCAGGGCAUCGGCGAUGUGGUGCAAAGGCUUUAUGAAGAGAAAGAACUUA